AUGCAAGAUAUUAAUAAUGUAUCGAAUAUAGAGGAGCUACUUUGCUUUUUCGAUUAUUUCAUAAAAAAUGGGCAUUCUAUUACUAUAAUAUGGGUAAAAUUUACCCUAAAUAUAUCAUCAGACUUAUCUCAAAAGAUUAUGAAUUAUUAUUUUCAAAAAAGGAAAGAAGAAUUAUGCGUAACUUAUUUGGUUGAAGGAUAUAAAAAUAAUUGUGAUGAGUAUACAUAUGCUGUUAUUUCUGAAAGGGAUAUUGAAAAUGUGAAAAAAAAAGGCUCAUAUACAAUUAACAUUUAUAGUUUACAAGCAAAAAGUAAUGAAACUAAUUUUUCAAUGUUAUGGAUGCAAGAAUUAAAUGAAAUAAAUAAACGAAUAGUUUCUAAAAAUGGAAUAUAUGAAAAAUUAAAUGAUUUUGUUUAUGAAUAUGAAAAAUCCGAUUCACCAUGGGAUUAUCUAACAUGCUCGCCAACCAAAAGAGAUAACAAUGCAACUCCAAAAAAAAAACUUAUUACUAAUCCAGACUUAAAAAGCAGUAUUAUUGUUUCUGCAAAUCGAUCAGUCAGUAAGGAAAGUAAAGAAUUCCUGUCAUUAGUAUCUCCUAAGAAGCUAAUUGGAGAUUGCAAUAUGGUAUCAAAUUCAGUAUCACGAAAGGGUUCUAAAAGUAGUAGCGUAAAUAAAAAGCCCAAACAAACUACUAAUAAUAACGCUAAUAUUGGCACUAAUAGUAAUUCUAAUAUUGGAUCUAAUAGUAACGCUAUUAUUGGCUCUAAUAGUAACUCUAUUACUGACACUAAUAAUAACUCUAAUACUGCCAGCACGAAUGAUCAAAUUAAAUAUUCAAAAAUUGUUAAGCGAGAAAAAUAUGAUACCAACAUUUUUAAUGAGGUAUCCACAGGGCCAAGUAGCAAUGAACAGGAUAACAUUGCCAAAAAUUCUGCACAAAAUCAAUCAACAAAUCUUCUUUCUUCAGAAAAAGAGAUGAAUAAUAUAAAGGAAACUCUAAAAAAAUUGGAAAUUAAUAAAACAAGAGAUGAAUAUGGUUUAUUUGAUCAAGACAUUCCUGAUAAAAAUACAGCCUCAAAUGAAACCGAAAUUGAAGUUUCUCAAAACUUAAGCGAAAACGAACACAAACAGGAUUGUUUUCAACCAUCGAAAUACAACACCGAAUUGACGAAAAUUAAAUUGGAAGAGUCUACUGAAAGAAAUAAAACCACAGAACCUCUUGACCCUGAUAAUAUUGAAUCUGAUGGCAUGAAAAAAGUUAAAUUGGAUAAAGAAACAGAAUUAUUCUUUGAAAAUGGCUAUUUAGUAACAGUUGAUAAAGAACCCCCUAUAAAAAAAAACCUUAUAAAGAGUUUUGCCAAUGGGUCAAGUAAUGAUGACAAAAAUAAAUCGACAGAUAAUAAAAAGAAGAGAAACCUCCAGCAAAUAUUACUGACGAACUUUUUUAAAAAGAAAAAAUAA